UCUGGAUCGUUCGGUGUGUGUGCACAAGUACCUAUUUAGCGGCAGUUCACCAUACUUGGUUUCAGUUAAAUUUUAAUGCUCGUAUCGAAUACACACGGUGAUCGAAGACUCUUUCGUCGUCCAGCGCAUAAUAACUAGCCGAGAUAAUAAAUCAGCGAAUAAAAGAGUAACAGAAAGAAAGAAAAUACGAGGAAAAAAAUUGUUGUGACAAAAAGUCAUUUCCAAGCGAAAUCGAAGACAAAAGAGUCAUUUAAACUUGCACACGGAUACACAACGCAACUGUUCGGGUUGUUUUUUUCUUAUAAGUUGUUAGUUAGAUAUUGUUGUUGUUGUUAUUUUUUUGUUGGUUUCGUACACCCGCUGUCAUCUACAAUUUCACCUCAUUAUGUCGAUUAAUCGUGCACCAAAAUCCGGAUUCGCUGCCGAAGCACAAAGAAAAAUCAAUUCGAAGUACAGCGAAGAAUUGGCAGCUGAAUGCUUGGAAUGGGUAAAGGAAAUCACCGGCGAGCCAAUAAAUACAUCUGGCGAUAUGGAUAACUUUUUUGAAGUGCUAAAAGACGGUGUAAUCCUGUGCAAAUUGGUGAACGCAAUCAAACCGGGCUCGGUGAAAAAAAUCAACGAAAGCAAAAUGGCAUUCAAAUGUAUGGAAAAUUUAACGGGUUUUGUUGAUGUUUGUAUCAAAAUAUUCAAUGUACCCAAUCAAGAGACAUUCCAAAGUGUUGAUCUGUGGGAGCGACAAAAUUUGAAUGCCGUUGUCAUUUGUUUGCAAUCGCUUGGCCGAAAGGUCGGACCAUAUGGAAAACCAUCGAUCGGUCCGAAAGAGGCCGAUAAGAAUGUGAGACAAUUCAGCGAAGAACAGCUCAAAGCCGGACAAACAAUCAUCUCACUUCAAUAUGGUUCAAACAAAGGAGCAACACAAAGUGGACUUAUCAUGGGCAAUACACGUCACAUGUAAUGAUACAACAUCGCACGCACAUGACAAAUACAAGCACUCAAAAUGAGAGAGAGAGAACUCAACUCUUUCUUUUUCAUAAACAAAAACAAACAGACAAAAAGAUAAAGAUGAAAAUGGAUUUAAAUUUAACGUAUUAUUAUUUUUUUUUGAUAACUUAAAAUACACGGUGUAUAUUGUUGUUUUGAUGUGAGUCGUUUUUGCCAUAACAGGAAAUUGCGUUUUGCAAUAAAAGGCACUUUAAAUUUAUUGGAAACAAAUUACCAGCACGAAUAUCCCCAUUGUAAAUUAUUAGGCUUUGCAUAAAAAAAAAAUACAAAAUGUAAAUCAUUCUCUCAAUUUUUAAUUGAAACAAAUUCAAAAUUUCAAUUUUCGUAAGACAAUUUAGAUACACGAACAUGAAAAUUGUAUUCAUAACAUUCCGUACGGACAACGUACACAAUCAAUGAAAUCAAACAUACCAUUACAUUGUAAAAUGAAAAGAAAACACACACAAAAAAAAUGUGAAUCGGUGAUAGAUGCUAUCAUGGAAUUUACGCCUUUUUUAAUUCAAAUUAUCAAUAAAUUAUUUUCUCUAUACUCGCCCCUUUUCCACA